AUGCCAAGUAGAGUGAUAUUAAAAACUAAUAAAUAUUCCAAACCUACCAUUGUUUAUCCUCGUGAAGUUUACAUGUUCCGCAUCAGUCGCAAAGAGACCGAAGGCACCGAAGCCAUGAAAACUAGGCCGGGAAUUGUAAUUUCCGUGGAAGGAUUAAAUAAAUGGAAUAAACGCUGUAUUAUAGUGCCUGCUACCACUAAAAAAACUGAACUAGCCAAAAUUUAUCCCUUUGAAGUAAAAGUAAUAAUUGAUGGCAAAAAAGGGAAAGCGAUGAUCGACCAAUUGAAAACUUAUAGUUUGGGACGAAUUACUGAAAAUUCUUUUUUAGGGAAGGAAACUGGUAUAAAAGCACCGAAAAUAAUUGCUUGUCUAUCACAAAAAGGCGGGGGAGGAAAAUCCACUCUGGCUCGGGCUUUGGCGGUCGAACUUACCAAGCAAAAACCAAAUACUUUACUGGUUGACCUCGAUAUCCAACAAAAAACCAGCCAAGAAUGGGCGGAAAGGAGAAAAAACCAAGGAAUAAAACCAUUGAUUAACUGUCAAUCUCUCCCUUUUUUUGAUGAGAAAUUAACUAAAAGCCAGCACGAUUAUCUAAUAAUUGACGGACCAGCCAAAAUAAGUAAAGAAAGUUUAGCCAUUGCCAAGCAGGCUGAUUUAAUUAUUCAACCAGUCAGGCCAAGUUUGGAUGACCUAAAUCCUGCCAUUAGAGAAUUUAAUGGAUUGUUUAAAGCGGGAAUUCCGAAAAGUAAAUUAAAUUUCCUGAUUAAUGCGGUUGGUUCUCCUGCUAUGGAAAAAGCCACUCGUGAAUAUUUAUCGCAAACAGGUUAUUUUAUUUUCCCAAUUGCUUUGGAAGAAAAAGUGUCUUACCAAGAAGCCCAGAAUCAAGGAUUAAGCAUUAGCGAGGUAAAAUAUAAAAGAUUACAGGAGCAAGUAAAAGGGUUAGUAAAAAGUAUAUUAAAAAGGUGUUAA